AUGCCGCUGCAAACAAUUAACAUCAUCAAGGCACAAAGAUAUCAAGGGGAACCACCCCCUGCUAAUGGCCAACAACGAGGAGGUCAACAGCACGAAGCUCGUCAACAACAGCAACUUCCACAACAGGAACAGGCUAGCAACAAUGAACAACAGCAGGCUAUGGCUGGUAUCCAGCAGCAGCUAGGACAAGGAGGAGGCCAGGUUAGUGAGACUAAUGGAGGUCAUACGCAACUCGGUCCUAACGCUAACAACUUGGCUGCUCGAGUUGCAGAAGAGCAGAUGGUGGAGGAUGAGGCUGCGGAAGACGAAGGACUAGGGGGUUUGGGAACUUGGUAA